GAAGGGUUAGUCAAGCAAUCGCGCGAGUAAAGAUGGAGACGUAUUGGCUUUGAUUUACAUACCUCGUGACGAAACUCGAGCAGGGGUUGACGCUCUUGGAGGCCUUCGCGACGAUAAACCGCGGUCAACCGUGGAGGUGGAUCGUUCACUGUCUCCGUCUUCAUCACGUAUCAAGGGUGAGAAAGAGGGAGAAGAAAAACGAGAGUGCUGGAAGAGAGGGGAAGAGAGUUACUCUGGCACGAGGGCGGGAGCGAGAAAGCAGAAGGGAGGAGGACGCUGCGUGGGUGGUGGGAGAGAGGGAAAGGUCGGCAGUGGCUCGCGAGGGACUACUCGUAUUCCGAGGACUGUUGUUUUCGGUGAACUGCUAAGAAACACUCGUCCACGCGGACCGGCCUUACGUGCAUUCCUCCGUACGCAUCCUUGCGUCGCGUCGUGUGACAAGAACGAUUUGUGAAUUGAAGAAUCAGUGACUCUUCGACAUUCCAUUGAAGGCUAUUGAUAUUGUGUCUCGCACGUGUCGUCUAGCGUCUCGAGAUUCAGGAGCAACGAGCGCGUGACAUCUAUCGACGAGUUUUACGUACGGAAGUAUUCCGAUCGACUGUUGUGAUUCACGGCUUUAAUGUGUUUUUUACACUAGAACUCGCGUGAGUGGUUUUCCGUGUCUUUCGAUAGACUCGUUCGUGUUUCGGUUUUCAUAACGAACGUUCGCGAGUUCAAGGUUUCUCCGGUGGUGUCAACACGUGUCGUACUACAUAUUGAGAAUUUUCAAAACAAUCUACAUCGCUCGAACGGCUCGGUGAAAAGGAAACAAAAGCGGACAGUGACUCGUUUAUGUUCGUGCUCGUCGCGUCGUUCUUCUUCGGUUCGAUUCCGGUUUCGCUCGUAGUUUACAUCGUCGCUUCGGUGAUCACGGUUUCGAUGCAGAGCGUGGUGACUGUUGAUCGUGAGCGACGAGCUCGAAACGCGUGGCGCGCGUAAAGUGAGUGAUUAGUUCGUAGUGUCGCCGCGAGGGUUUCCGCUGCAGGUGUCACGCCGCCGCAAGACAUUGACCGUGACAUUCGGCAUUCGCGCGGAGAUACGGUGAAACGUAGCGUUGAAACCAGUGAGCCAACAAUCAGUGACUGGAUUAAACAUUGUGCCUGAAUAUUAUCUUUAUACCCUCGGCUGUGUUUUCUCUUUCGUAAGCGAUUAUUGUAUAUCCGACGUCCGUUCCGUCGAUGUGCACGCGUGUUUCGUGAAUGAAGCCGACCGUAUCGCGGGUUCUCGAGAGAUUUUCAAGUGAAUUCCCGUGACCCGCGGCCGCGGGUGAAACGCAUUAAACGUGGCUCAUACGGCUAGGGACAGAGCCGCCGAACUUCAGGCGGAAGUAAGGAGUGCGAUCAGGGUACUACAUGGCUGGUGCCCCAGGCCGCCCCAGGGGCACCGUGGUGACACGGUUCUGAUGUCACCGCAGACGCAAAUGCGAGGAAAUCAUAGAAACGGAGGACCAAAUCAACCACCGCCAGCUACCGUCGUAGUCAGUUCAACAUCGAGCAUGAGACCGCCACCGCCGCCACCACCCCCUCGCGUCAGAGCGUCCAACGAGGGCAAGGGGCACCACGAGGAACCUACUAGCUCCAUUCCUGAUCUCGAAUUCGACGGAACCACAGUAUUGUGCCGUGUCUGCGGCGACAAGGCGUCCGGUUUUCAUUAUGGGGUACACUCCUGCGAGGGAUGCAAGGGAUUCUUCCGGCGCAGCAUUCAGCAGAAGAUUCAGUAUCGACCCUGUACGAAGAAUCAACAGUGCAGUAUCCUGCGGAUCAACAGGAAUCGCUGCCAGUAUUGCCGCCUCAAGAAGUGCAUCGCUGUAGGGAUGAGCCGUGAUGCGGUGCGAUUCGGCCGUGUGCCCAAACGCGAGAAGGCCAGGAUUCUGGCUGCUAUGCAGCAAAGCUCCCACAGCCGUUCUCAAGAGAAGGCAGUAGCGGCCGAGCUGGAGGACGAGCAACGUCUCCUAGCCACCGUCGUUCAAGCUCAUCUCGACACAUGCGACUUCACCAGGGACAAAGUGGCUCCGAUUCUGGUCAGGGCACGAGAGACUCCCAACUACACCGCGUGUCCGCCAACCUUGGCAUGCCCUCUGAACCCUAACCCGCAACCGUUGACGGGCCAGCAAGAGUUGCUGCAAGACUUUUCCAAGAGGUUCUCGCCGGCGAUACGCGGCGUGGUGGAGUUCGCGAAACGUAUACCUGGGUUUAGCCUGCUCGCUCAGGACGACCAGGUGACGCUACUGAAAGCAGGCGUGUUCGAGGUGUUGCUAGUGCGACUGGCAUGCAUGUUCGAUGCUCAAACGAAUAGCAUGAUUUGCCUGAACGGACAAGUGCUCAAGCGAGAGUCCAUCCAUAAUAGUAGUAACGCACGAUUCCUCAUGGACUCGAUGUUCGACUUUGCCGAAAGGGUCAACUCUCUGCGACUAUCCGACGCGGAGUUGGGACUCUUCUGUUCGGUGGUAGUGAUCGCCGCAGACAGGCCUGGGCUGCGCAACACCGAACUGGUCGAGCGUAUGCACAAUAAACUGCGAAACGCUCUUCAGACCGUAUUGGCCCAGAACCAUCCUCAACAUCCAGACAUUCUUAGGGAGUUGUUGAAGAAGAUCCCGGACCUGAGAACGUUGAACACUCUUCAUUCGGAGAAACUACUGGCCUUCAAGAUGACCGAACAACAGCAACAGAUGCAGGCUCAACAACACCAGCAACAACAACAGCAGCAGACGCAACAUGUGAUCAGUGCUCAACAACCGCAACAGCAACAUUGGCCGAUGGAGGAGGAACCACCCGCGUCCUGGGGUUCGGCUUCGGACGUAACCCUCGACGAAGCCGUAAAGAGUCCGUUGGGUAGCGUUUCGAGUACGGAAAGCACUUGUAGCGGAGAAGUUGCCUCUUUAACGGAAUACCACCACGUCGCACCCGCAAGUGGUCAUCACGCAUCCAGUGCACCUCUUCUGGCCGCUACUCUCGCCGGAGGUCUCUGUCCUCAUCGUAGACGGGCGAAUUCUGGUAGCACCAGCUCGGGAGACGACGAGUUGCAUCGUGCAUCCUUGUCGAAAACUCCUCAACCACCUCAAUGCCCGCGGUUCCGCAAGCUGGAUUCUCCGAGCGAUAGCGGAAUCGAGUCGGGAACCGAGAAGCCGGAUAAACCUGCGAGUAGCAGCGCGAGCAGUGCGCCAACAUCUGUCUGCUCCAGUCCACGCUCGGAAGACAAAGAAGUGGAAGACAUGCCGGUGUUGAAGCGGGUCCUCCAGGCUCCUCCGCUCUACGACACCAAUUCCCUGAUGGACGAGGCGUACAAGCCUCACAAGAAAUUCCGCGCACUCCGCCAGAAGGACAGCGCGGAGGCAGAGCCUGCUGUGAUCGUGCAGCACACUCAAUCUCAGCUGCAUCUUCACUUGACCUCGCCACCGGCUCGUAGUCCCUCGAACCAAAUGCAAGCACAGUGUCCGCAAACCGCGAGCCUCUUGAGUAGCACCCACUCCACCUUAGCCAGGAGUUUGAUGGAAGGACCACGAAUGACGGCCGAGCAGCUGAAGCGCACGGACAUCAUUCAUAAUUACAUAAUGCGCGGAGAGGCGAGUCCCAGGUCACCGGCGGCCUCGCCAUCACCAGCGGAACAGUGCGCUUCCACAACCACGAUCACCGCGCGUUCGCCUCAAGGAUCUCAAGGUUUGUUGCAAUGCGCCACCAGCAGCUACUCGACGACGAGAUGGCCCACCACGUCGGUGAUCACGACGACCACGGGUGCCCGGCAGCAGCAGCAACAGCAGCAACAGCAGCAGCAGCAGCAGCAACAGCAGCAACAACAGCAGUCUUCCUCGGACUACCUCAUGGUCGGCAACUCGCCGGCCUCGUCGCCUAGGUAUUUAUCCGCGGCGGCAACGAGUAGUACGAGCACGAGUCCACGGCCAACCUCGAGUACGGCGGCGACGCUAGUGCUGUCCGGUUGUCCCAGCAACAUGAUGGAACUACAGGUGGAUAUCGCGGACAGCCAGCAACCGUUGAACCUGUCGAAGAAGUCGCCGUCCCCGUCGCCAAGACCGCUGGUAGGACCUUGCAAAGCUCUGUCCCUCGAAGCGUAGUGCUCUCGCGACGUUGUAUGAGCGUGUCGUCGUUGUUCGUGAUUGUUCCUCUGGGACGUGGAACGCGCGUGUUGCAGCCCACCUAUAAAGAACGGUACGAGUGAUUUAGUUGUUGGUGUCGCGGUCCAUACGCCACGUCGCGUCGGUCGCUCCCCAUCCCGAAAAUCGAGUUGUAUGAAAGUGCCAGGACGCUCGAAGCGCGUGAUAAACCAAAUAAUUUAUUAAUUUAAACUAUUAAUAUCGAUAAAUUGCGCGAGACACGAAGGGGGGAAAAAAUGGUGGGAAGGUGAUGGAACUCGAAGAUCCGGAACUCGUAACGCGUAACCACCCUAUUUUGCACGGGUACCUUGACGGAACGUAGGCAAACAGGGAGUUGCGCGAGUGCGAAGACGAGCAGAGUAUCGGUUUUAUUUCCCAGAAAGACGUGUCGUGUGAUACGAAACGGACAGAUCGUACACGGUAUCGGACGCUUUUUACGAAAGUGCCGAUCCGUAGAGCAACAAUCAGUGCCGUGUAUAGGACUUUACCCUAUAUCUACCUAAAGAAAGCUACCUUACCCAUCUACCUACCUACCACCUAUCGAUAAAAAUAAUAAAAACAACAAGAACAACAUAGGGAAAGCUAUCUGGUCUAGAUAAUCUAGAAGAUAGCGUCGUGCUCCCAUACGAGACGUGGGGAGCAAAGAAGAAUAGAAAGAAGAAGGUUGAAUGUUACAGAAAUGAAUAAUCUAUCUACAUGUGAUAAUCAUGGAAAUCGCGCAUCCUGUACAGUACUCCACCUCAUUCAUCGAUCAUCUACUCUACUAUAAUUAUUGAAUAUUAUAAAAGUAAUUAAUAUUAUUGUAACAUGUCUAAGGUAUAAUAAUCGUAAAAAAACGUUAUCAUCUUGUGUAUGAACGCGUAGGGAAAAGAAGAUGAGAGCUAGAGUGCAAGAGAUUGUGCGAGAGAGAGAGAGAGUGAGAGAAAGGGAAGAUUAAGCGUGUGUAUGAGAUCGACCAGAAGACAAACGAACGAAUGGAACGUGAGCGUGCUUGUGCAAGUGAGUCGGGGCAAAAUCGCAACAAAAAAGCAACUAAAAGUAGAAACUGAAACGAACAAAAUCGAAGGAGGGAUAACUGCUUUUCGUUCGGUCGACUGUGACAACUGUGCAGUCGGGAAAGCGCGCAUUUUAAUGAAAAAAAAAAUAUAUAUAUAUAUAUAUAUAUAUAAAUAUAUAUAAAGAAUAAACGUUUUAAGAUGUUUCGUUUAAACAUAUGAGACUGACCCGGCCCGCCGCGGCCUCCAGAGUUUGCAGUCAACCGUACCUUCGAACGGAACACGCGUGUCGUCUCUCUCUCUCUCUCGCUCUCUCUUGUAUCUGAAUUAAACGAAGCGAAAAAAUCAACAGUAAUUUGAUCUCCGGUUCGUUUAACGUUCAGUUGCGUUCGAUAUCUUGAAGGAACGGUUGUUCACGGAACUUGCGAUAAAAAGACGUUGUCGCGUAUUGUAUCACAGAGAGAGAGAAAGAGAGAGACUGUAGGAGACAAGGACGACGUUGAACGUGGGAAGGUACGAGAGACAAGAGUCAACGCGUGCGAUGGGAGAGCUUGUGUGCGUGAGAGAGAGAGAGAGAGAAAGAUAAAAAGCGAGCACAGAGAGUGAUAAAGAGACGAGGAUAGAAGACGAGAAGAGCGGAGUUGUCGCAUGGAAGUCCGGUGGAAUCGGCAUUUAAACGGCGCAGUUGUAAAUAGUAGAUUCGUAUGGCUAAGGUCCUAGAAGGCGCGAGUGGACGAGUUUUUUGCUUUUCGCGAACAAAACGCUCGGUGUGAGAACGAGAGAAGACAGAUAAGAAAGAAAAGCGAGCGAGAAAAAAAGAAAGAAAAGUGCGAAGAUACGCGGCGGGCCGCCGCCGACGUGUUGUUGAGACGCCCGCCCCGCCCCCCUUUUGCCCCCGUAGUACAGUCGACGCCGAGAAUAUCGGUGCAGGAGAGAGUGAGAGAGAGAGAGAGAGAGAGUAAGAGAAAACAACCGUGAACAGUGGCGAAAAAGAAAGCAACCAUACACGUACAACAGAAACACACACGAGGAACAUACACACCCGCCUGCGAGAAAUACGCGCGGAACAUCACAGAAACAAAGACAGACAGAUAGGUCAACGAUAAAAAACAGGAAAGAACAGCGAAAGAGAGAGAGAGAGAGAGAGAGAGAGAGAAACGCGUAGCUAGCAUCAUACGAAACCAACCAGCCGAGAAUCCGUAAGAUAGGUAACAGGAGAAAGAAAAGAAAAGAACAGGAAGAAACGCGAAAAAUCGUAGGGCAAAGAGAAACUGCUCGAUGGGCACGCAGAAAAACCGUUGUCUCGCUAUAACUUUUUUGAGCGCAGCACCGUCAAAUCACCUCGAACACAUCCCGAACAAAGCUUCGUAGUGAAACACUCUGUGUAUUUAUUGUACUCGAGGAAGAUAAUGAAGAAAAAGUCAUUCCCUUUACGCUGUGUAUCACCGUACAACCCCUUCCGAACACCCUCGACUCGUUUGAUCCUUGUUGCUGUCACACCCCUUCGAUACAAUCUCACUUACCCCCCUAUUUUUUUUCCUUCGCCAGUUAGUCAUAACCCAGCUAGAGAUGAUCAGCUUGAACCGUUGUUUACGUUGUAGCAAGUGCACACGUGUCACGUAUAUCGGGGUCAAUUUCGCAUCAGCUGUUACAGAUCGAAGUCUCUUGUCACCCUUAUUGUCCGUCUAAUUGUCUCCCCCGAAAAACACCGACCGAUCCGUAUCCGAAAAAUUUCUCCCCCUAUCCCAGCCAUCUUUCCUAUACAACACAAUCCCCCCGACAUUCCCGUAUCCCUAACACGUCCCUGCAAGCGAACUAGCGUUGAUAUUCGUAAUACUUGUUAUACAUAAACUACACAUAAUGAUUAUUAUAGUAAACGAUACAUAAAGUAUGAUAUAUUUCUCUAUCCAUUAAGAAGGAGGAUGCAAGCAGCUGUUGUUUCUGGUGGAACGAUGAGAAACAUGCAACGCAAACAAAAUAAAUAAUAAUAAUUAAAAAAAAAAAAUGGUGGUAAAAAAGUAAAAAACAUAUAAUGUACGCGACAAAGUAACGAAAUACCGAAAGUGUACUGUAUUACAUGGAAGAAUACAAACGCAGCCCCGCAUAUUGCCCAGUGAGCACGUCGUUUUGUACGCUUGGGAGUUGUGAGGUCGUCUGAAUAAACAUUGUCUGGUGAAUUAUACAGAA